GGGUGUUUCCGCAUUCCUGGCUAAACUGUCAGCGAAAGCACACGUUGAGGAGACAGCUAGCUAGCUAGCAACCUCCGAAAGGAACCAAAGACCAACCCCAAGAGACUACGAGAACGCCAAAACAAGGAUGCCUUAUAUUCUCAUCAGCACUCAGAUCCGACUGGAGACUGGUCCUACCAUGGUCGGAGAUGAGUAUUCUGAUCCAGAAAUAAUGAACUAUCUGGGAGCCAGAAAGACAACAGUAUUGGGCAACAACUUUUCAGAGUACCAUGUGGAUGACCCACCUCGUAUGGUUCUGGACAAGCUGGAGAAGAUUGGGUUCCGUGUGGUAACCAUGACAGGGGUGGGGCAGACGCUGGUGUGGUGCCUACACAGGGAGACCCCGUGAUCUGAUUUAGGUCCGACAUUAACUCUGAGAAUGUCGCUCAGCAUGGAGCAUAAAGACUGAGAGGAGCCAGCCGAGCAUUAGCUCUGGGGCUCCAACUUCUGAACAUAUAUUGCUGUAUUAUAUUAAUGUAUUCAUCCUGCCAUUUCUCACCUCUUGGAUGAUCUUAGAACUGAAUGGAGGAACCCACGAUAUGGUACAUGAGCACUGUGUUUUUUACAGACUUACAGUUACAUGUGAAUAGAGACAAAGGUCAAAAGCCGCAUUCAGUAUUACCACACAAUCCAAAUUUUCCUGCUUCUCGAUUUUUAGGUGCAAAGUCUCUUCAUUGAAUAAAUUCCAGAUAGAAUCAGAAUCACAUUGUCGUGACUCCACAGAAGUAAUAUGUUCAAAUGCAGCGAUACUUAACUCCAGGUCCCAUGGGCCACAGUGUCUGCAGGUCCAACCAUGCACUACACCACCUGAUUUCACAAAUUAUUUUACCUCCUUUGUUCAGGAAGUAAGCUCAUUAGUGAAAUCAGGUGGUGUAGUGCAUAGCUGGAGCAAAUGCCUGCACUGUGGCCCGCAGGACUUGGAGUUGAGUAGCCCUGUUCCAAUGCUUCUCCAGCAGCGAAGGGAAGAUGUAGAAUCAAGUAUUAGACUUUAUUUUCUCAGUAUGCAGCAUUAGCCUGCUUCCAUGAAUCUACCAUGGUGCCCUCACUCUAUAGUCAUGCAAUUUGUUUAUUAAUAGAAAGGCGCAGCCUUUUCUUAGUUCCUUUCUGUGCACAGAAGUUAAGAUUAAUGAUGUUAUAAUGGCAGUAAAUGUCCUAUUGUCACUGUGAGGGACAGAAAAGGAUAAGAAAGUUGAAAACAUUAAAACUGUGACUGAAUUUCAUUCUGUUGAAUGAAUUAGAAAUAAACUGAAUGGAGAAUA